CUGGGUUGAAGUGGUUCUGUUCCCGUCUUAACUCUAGUCUUAUUUCGGGAUUUGUUGCCUGCAGAAUUGUGAUACAAACCCUUAAGGCGUGACUGAACAUGGGGGAAGAAGAGUCUUAUCGCCCUGGCCCAGGAGGAGUGGGUUCUAUUAUCGAGCUCACCAAAGAGAUCAAAGGAGAUCCAGACAAUGCUCUGUUGUAUGCCCAACGUUCAGAAUGCUUCAGGAUCAUCCAGCAGCAUUACCACGCAGUCAGGGAUGCAGAUAAGGUCAUUGACCUAAGGCCAGACUGGUACAAGGGUUAUUACUACAAAGGGUUAGCCGAGUUUGGUGCAGAACACUAUAGAGCAGCGGUAGAAUCAUUUGAGAAUGGAUUACAACAUGAACCAGAUGAAGCUUUGUUAAAAGCAUUACAGCAAGCAAACAGAGCAAUAUUUUCUAAUAGAAUGACAAAUAGAGGCAGAGUUAUUAAAGGGUUCUUCUUUGGAUGUCUAGUUGGUGCUCUUGCUCUAGCUGCUAAUGACUUCCUGCUUCCAAAUCCAAUAGUUAAGAAUGUAUUCCUGAAAUUUAUACUGUUUUCUGCAUGGGGUUACGCAGGGACGGAACUUGCCAAGAAGUACAUCACUAUGCUAGAAAAUGACAGAGACCAAAGAUUGCUAGCUCCUGAUGCUUUAUUUCCAUUCACAUCUGACACUGAACCAUCGUCAAAGAGAAAAGCCAAAUCGGUAAGCACUGGAACAAGUAUGGACCCACCAACAGAAGACAAAUCUACAGUGAGGACAAGACGUGGGAGACCGCAAGACAAAACAUCAUGAUACAUGUUCUCGUGUGAUAGUCAUAUCAUGCCAUUGAAGAAUCUGAUUUCUCUAAGGUUCAUCAUGUCCCCGGCUAUUUCCACUGCUUCAGAUGUGUUGAAAGGUGAUGUCACG